UAUCCUAAUGCUUCUCGGACUAUAACACGGACACAAUGUGAGCACUAUGACAGUAGUUCGGACACAAUCACGGACACAACCUAAAGUAACAUAAUGACGGAGCCUCGACCGGUUCGAGUGAAGAUGGUGAUGGUUGGGGACAAGGCUGUGGGUAAAUCCAGCCUGGGAGUGUUCUACAUCCUGGGGUCUCUGCCGUGGUAUCUACCCCAGAUAGGACGAAUUGAGGAUAAGAGAAUGACAAAGAAUGGACGACACUACAUCAUCAACCUGAACGACACUGGAUCUGGGGACGAGUAUGACCGCCUCCGACCACUAGCCUACCCAACUGCCGAGGUGAUGUUGCUGUGUUUUUCGGUGGACAAUAGGGAGUCACUGGAACGGAUUCAGACCAAGUAUGAUGGAGAAGUGAUGCUAUACUGCCCCCGGGUACCACGACUCCUUGUUGCAUGUAAAACAGAUCUGAGAGAGACUUGUGAGGAGACGAUAUCGUAUGAUGAAGGCGUUGCUAUGGGGAAUAAACUAGGAUUGAAAUACCACGAAACCAGCGUCACCAACAACACAGGGGUUGAAGAGUGCUUUAGUGCCGCGGUGGAAGAGGCCGAGAUAUAUAAACUGCUUAUUCAGAGAAAACCACGGCGAUGUACCCUAUUGUAAAGCCAGGACUGAACAAGGGCUGUACGAUUGUUUCUGCUGAACUUUGGAAAGCUGCAAGACUGCAAGAAUUAUAUGCGGAGUCCCUAAAGAAUGUUGUUUCGAGAACAAUGUUUGCCAUUAUAGUUGACGCUCUAAUAUUAGUAAUUCAAUUUAAAAAAGCAGAUACCUCGAGAUUGACUAGGUUAUCGGGGAAUACCUUAUCAUUCAGUAAAAAGUACGAAUUAUUCAGAUACAGUUAAAACCCGACUAUAUGGCUAGAUAUUUAUAACGUAUAGGUUGAUGAAGAAACAGGUUUUCGUCUUAAGCAAAAUAGACAAGAGCACAUACACAGUUGAUUUUCGGCCCGAACAACGAGGGUAUUCAGCCACAGUCUACUUAUGCCACUCAGUAAUAUCCCAGCUGUUUGUAAAUAAUUGAGUCUGGACCAGACCAUCCAGUGAUCAACAGGAUGAA